AAAUUUAUAUUUUCUCAAGCAAUCCAUUAGUAAAUACGAUAAAUUCACUCUUAUCUCUUAAUAAAUGUUAAACAUGAAAAUAUUAUAGAUAAAUACCUAUAUUUAACACGGCCAUUUAGUAUCGUUUAAUUGUACGUAAUAAAAAGGUAAAAUACAAUAUUCAAUAUUUACUCCCAAAUAUUGCAGACUCAUCUCUCAUAAAGUGUUUGCUGGCUACAACAGAAUGUUAUUCUCGAAGUACUAAUUAUAAAAUUGGCAAUAAAAUGGUGAUAAAUGAUUUAGUACCAAGGAACAAUAGUAGUAAUAUAUUAAAAUGUUUUGACGAUCUAACUGCAAGUGAUUGUGGGCUAUGGAAUUAAAAUACAUCUUCAGUUGUUAUCUGUAUCUCAUAAUCCAACUCGUUUUCGUAACAGCAAAAUACAAUAACAAUUGUAGAAUAUUAUUGGAUGAGUUGAAGUGUUUUGGAAACAUUGUAGAUUUUGGUGGAAAUGCCAAAUAUAUCAAGCAACUCAAAUUACUUGAUAUGACGUCGAAUACAUUGGAUUUUGAUUUUAUUUUAGAUAAAUAUCCCAACCUCGAAUAUUUAUUUAUCGAAAAUGGUGAAAUUUCAACGAUUUCACCUCCCAAAAAAAAUAACUCUAUAAAGGUAUUGGUACUGAGAAAUCUUAGAAUAGAACGAAUAUCACAAGAUUUCGUAUUGUUUUUUCCAUAUCUAGAAGUUCUAAAUCUGGAGCAAAACUUAUUGUCGGAGCUUAGUAAUGAAUUUCAUACCGGCAACUUAAAUGAAUUAUAUAUAGAAAACAAUCACUGGAACUGUUCAAAAGACGUAAAAUGGGCACUUCACUUGAACACAACUGGUGUAGCCCGUGACCUUAUCAAAACAACAUGUAAAGAUAAAUUGUAUAGUAAAAAAAGUGUUUUGUUAAUAGCUCAAUUCAAAAAGGAUAUGGAAAAAACUUGCACACCAACAUGUAUGUGCUCUUUAGAGAGAAUAUUUAUUGAUCCAAACUCUAACAUUCAGUACCCGAUUAUUAUGGUGAAUUGUUCUGGAAGAAAUUUCAGCGAUUUACCUGGGCAACUGCCUGCUUAUACAAGAAUACUCCAUCUAGAAAACAAUAAUAUUGAUAAUAUAAAGAGUCUAACAACAAAUCCUUAUUACGGACAAGUGUGGGAUUUGUAUGUGGACAAUAACAGCAUUGAGAGUAUAUCUUAUUUGGAGGGAUCGUACUGGAUCUCUCAUUUUAGGAUAUUUUCUAUCAGAGGGAAUAAAUUGAGGGAGCUGCCUUCUUAUGCAUUGGAUAAUGCUUUAAUGAAAAAUCCAAAUAUGCCUUCGGGAGUAACAUUGUUCCUUGGCGGAAAUCCAUGGAAAUGUGAUUGCGCGUUCACACCUGUCUUCCAAGAACUUGUUCUGCAAAAAUAUUCCAUACAAAUACGUGAUUUAGAAGAUGUAAAAUGCUCAUAUAUCAGAGGAGAUGAGAAUUCAUUGAAGCCUAUUAACAAUUUAUCAAGAAGUUCAGUAUGUAUAGCAUCGACAGACUUCUCCCUACAGGAAGGUUUGGAUUUAUUAAAUGCCGUCCUAGCUAGUCUAAUUAUAUUUAUAUUGGGAAAGCUUGCAUAUGAUUAUUAUCACUUCAAGAAAUCCGGUAAACUUCCUUGGAUAGUCUCGAAGAUACCUUAGUUGAGUGUGAUUUGGUUUUUAAAAAACUGCCGCAAAUGGCGAAUUAAGAAUCUUUGUCUUCCAAUAAACUUUUUUCUCUA